CCUGCGACAUCAACAAACGCCAAACCCACAAACGCGUUAAGAACACCGACCCAAGCUAAGAGACAAAUCGAAAGAAACACACAAGAACAAAAUGGCAGUCAGCACAGAAACACAAGCCACAGCAAACGGCACCCACACCGACUCCAAACCUCUCGAACUCGCCAUCGACCUUCCACGGAGUCCUGGCCUCAAGCUCAACCUUCAUCUCACAAUCCUGGCCAAUUCCAUCCUCCUCUUCCUCACAAGCACAGAUUCAGAUGCAUUACCAAACUCCGCUGUACCAAUGGGAAGUUUCGUCUAUGCACUUCCAGACCGCUGGAACCCCUCCCAACCCAUGAGCACAGCGCUAUAUACCGCGCCCUCAUCACUAGAUUUCACAACGCGAAUGGCGAAAGUUCUGACGAGGAAAUUGGCGAAACCGUGUUAUGUGAGUUGUAGUGUGAAUUUGUCGAGCGCGGCGGGUGGAGGGUCGGUGGAGGAGGAAAUGGAAGCUUUUCGACUUGUGGUGGAGACGGUUGUGAAGGUUGCGGGGGAGAGUGGGUUGGGUAGUUGAGAGGGAAUUGAGUGAGCGGGGGUGCGUGUAAUUGUGGAAGGGUUUUCUGAGGUGUCGAGGAAGGACUUGUUGACUGGUAUGUCGCGAAGGAGAAAGGAAAGAUUGAAGAGGCU